AAUAAUCUAUUGACCAUGUCUUCGACGAACCCGAAUUCUCUCGAAUCCUCUCCACUGGAGAGGGAGAGGAUUUUAGUUCGUCUUGGACCACCGCUUCACAUCUCUCAUUUUCCAUCCGCAUUCACAUGCAAAACCCUAAUAUUUGACUUCCUAUUCAAAACCCUAGAUUGGGAUCCCGUAUAAAAAUUUCUGCUCACCAUCUCAAUUCUCUUCUAAUUGAACCAAAAAAUCGCUGGUUUCAUUUUAAAACAAUCUUGAAUUUUGGUCUCCUUAAGUACUUCAAACCCAAAUCGCUAAUUUUCAAUCUGUUUUGCCUAUUCGAAACCAUAAUUCCCUCUAAUUUUGAUGCAAUUGACCAGCGAGUGUUGAGGUUCUAUGGAUAUUCAAGUCUGUAGGGAUUGGUGAAUGAACCAAACUUGAAUAUGAAUCAUCGUCUCAUGAACGGACAUUCACUACAAUCAUCUGGUUGGUUAGAGAUUCGGCUUUUUUACGUUCGUAUCGCUCCAUGCGCUAUCCAUAGCGUCCCAGACCACCUAAAGCUUCGCCAUCUACGUCGCGAAAUCGGCGUGUCGCUUGAAAUCAAUGGAGCUCGUGUCCCGGCGACCGAGGCGGCCUCCUUAACCCUCCGUCGCGACCGAAUAGAUAAGGAAUCGGCGGAGGUGACGUAUGUCUUUACCGACAGUGUUAGGGUUACAGGGGCGUUCGAAUUCGAGGUGUAUGAGAAUGAGGAGAUGAUUUUGUGUGGGUCUUUGGAGAGAAUGGAGGCUUGUUGGAGUAAUGGGAAUUUGGGUUCAGAGAAUGAUUCGAAGACGGGGUGGAGUAUGGAUUGUUUUGCAGCGGCGUCAAUUACGAGUGGGUCUUCGGUUUUUUUCCAGCCGAAACUUGGGAUUUCGUCGCCCUCGAUUGAGGUUUAUGUAGCGGGAUGUUGUUCAGGUAUGCCUGUGAUUCUGACAAAGACAUUUUUAAUCAGUCCUAGGCGGAAACCAGCAAGGCAUAGGAUUCUUGAUGUUAUUCCAGAGGAUGAAGAAGAGAUCGAGAAGGAGCAUAAGAGUAGUAGUGGUUUUGUUCGACAGCGUACAUUGCAGGUUACAGAGGCAGAAGCAGACGGAUAUGAGUCAUCAGAUGGAAAAAUUGGACGUCCUGUCUUCCACUCCGAAGACAUGUACGCUGGUGAGGAUGGACAACUCUCAUGGUUUAAUGCUGGUGUAAGAGUUGGGGUUGGAAUUGGCCUGGGGAUGUGCGUUGGCAUCGGAAUUGGCGUUGGACUUCUCAUGCGCUCAUAUGAAGCAACCACCAGGAACUUGAGGAGGAGUAGUAGCUCCAGAUCUCCUGCAACAAUGGCCCAUCAUAACAACCCUGCACCACCUCCUCCCCUCCCCUUUGUCAUCACUCUCAACUGCAUCGAGGACACCGUCCUCGAGCAAGACUGCCUCUCCGACAUCGCCGCCGUCGAGCAUGUGUCGCUCAGCCGUCUCGCGGAGGCCAAGAUCGAGUCUGCAGCCGCCGUCCUCCUCCAUUCCCUCACCUUCCUCCCCCGCGCUGCCCAGCGCCGCCUCCGCCCCUGGCAGCUCGUCCUCUGCCUCGGCUCCUCUGACCGCCCUGUCGACUCCGCCCUCGCCGCAGACCUCGGCCUCCACCGAUUCCUCCACGUCGACGUCUCGCGCGCCGAGGAGGUGGCAGACACCGUCAUGGCCCUCAUCCUCGGCCUCCUCCGCCGCACUCAUCUCCUCUCUCAUCACACUCUCUCCGCCUCCGGCUGGCUCGGCUCUGUCCAGCCCCUCUGCCGUGGUAUGCGCCGCUGCCGCGGCCUUGUAUUGGGGAUCAUCGGUAGAUCUGCGUCCGCUAGGUCCUUGGCUACUCGCAGCUUGGCUUUCAAGAUGAGUGUGCUCUAUUUUGAUGUUCACGAGGGAGAAGAGAGAUUAAGUCGAUCCUCCAUAGCAUUCCCACCUGCUGCCCGGAGAAUGGAUACCCUUAAUGAUUUACUUGCUGCUAGUGAUCUUAUUUCUCUCCACUGUACUCUGACAAAUGAAACAAUUCAGAUUAUAAAUGCAGAUUGUUUGCAGCACAUAAAGCCUGGAGCGUUUCUUGUGAAUACUGGUAGUAGCCAGCUAUUGGAUGAUUGUGCUGUAAAGCAGCUUCUGAUUGAUGGCACCCUUGCAGGCUGUGCUCUGGAUGGUGCUGAAGGGCCACAAUGGAUGGAAGCAUGGGUAAAAGAGAUGCCCAAUGUAUUAAUACUUCCCCGCAGUGCGGAUUAUAGUGAAGAAGUGUGGAUGGAGAUAAGGGAGAAAGCUAUAUCUAUAUUGCAGACGUUCUUCUUGGAUGGUAUGAUUCCAAAGAAUGAUGUCUCUGAUGAAGAUGAUGAAGAAAAUGAAAUAGAUGAAAGUGCAUUGCAGGGUUCUGUUGGUGAGCAAUUGACAGAUGUUAUACAUACAACUCCUGAAAGCUUUCAGAAAAAGGGUACCAGUCAAACAAAAGAGUCUCCUAGCCAGCAUCAGGGUUUGGUUUUGUCUCAAAUUACUUCUACUCGAUCUGAAGGAAAGCGCAGCAGAUCUAGUAAGAAGGCUAAAAGGAGGCAUGCCCGCCAAAAAUCCCUGCACAAAUCAGACGAUCCUUCUGCAUUAGAAAAAGAGAGUUCCUCGUGUUUGGAAGAUGACACUGUAAUGAGUGGCACAAAUCAAGUGUUGAGUUCCAGUUGGACCAGUUCACGUUGUGCUUCCCCUGAAGAUUCAAGAAGUAGGAAAGCACCAAUUGAAUCUAUAGAAGAAUCGUCUUCUGAGCAGGUUCUGAAGUCAAGCAUGAGGCUCAGUAGAAAGUCUGGUGAAGUGCUGAAGGAUGGUUGUAUAAUAGCUUUGUAUGCAAGAGAUCGUCCGGUGCUUUAUGUCUCCAGGCAAAGAAUUCAAGGUGGUGGUUGGUUCCUGGACACAAUGUCGAAUGUAACGAAAAGAGAUCCAGCAGCGCAGUUCCUCGUUGUUUUCAGAAGCAAGGACACAGGUCACACAAUUGGCUUGCGUUCUUUCACUGCUGGUGGAAAAUUAUUGCAGAUAAAUAGAAAAAUGGAAUUUGUAUUUGCAAGUCACAGCUUUGAUGUCUGGGAGAGUUGGACACUUGAAGGUUCUUUGGAGGAGUGUAGGCUGGUCAGUUGUAGAAAUCCCCUGGCUGUUUUAGAUGUACGAAUCGAGAUUCUUGCAGCUCUAGGAGAUGACCGGGUUACGCGCUGGCUUGAUUAGGUUGUGAACAUUGGAGCGCUAAGCAACCUUAAGAUAUACGUGCCUAUACCUUUACAUUGAGCUUUGUUAAUAUUUCCGGAAGAGCUUGUUAAAGUUGUAAAGCAUUCAAUUUUUGAAGUGAAAUCAGGGUUGUAAGUUUCUUGUGUUGUGAGUUACUCCACCUUAAUUUUGAUUUAUUUCUCCAUUUAUGAGAUGUUUUCAAUGGUCUUGUCCAACAUUUGACAAACAACAACCACCUAAGUCUUUUCCGA